GUAAACAAAUAUAUUUUUUUAAAAACCACACAACAUUAAAGUAUUAAACCAUCCACAACGCGGCGAAUACUCCAUCUUGCGCAAUAGUUAGAUUUGAUUGACGACGUUCCGUUGAUCACGUAACUGUAGUGUUUUAUAAUUCAACAAAUUUGUAAACCAUUGUAAGGUAACAAGAAGUUAAAUCAAUAGUUUCGCCUUGGAUAAUCAGGAUGGUGUUUGUUUUUCUGUUUGUUUUUAGCUUUAUAUUUGGACUGAUAGAAGCGCAGGUGUUGGAUGAAUGCCACAAAUCGCACAACUGUCUAACUUGCUAUGCAUACCCAUUCAAUUGUGCAUCUUGUCCGAAGGGAUACUAUUUGGCAAGAGGAGGGGCUUAUUAUACAUGUAGAGCAUGUCCAAAUGCGUGUUCAGAGUGCAAUCAUUACAGGUCUUGUACUAAGUGUUACCUAGAGGGGCGAUAUGGGCAAAACUGCCAAGAUGUGUGUAGUAAAGGAUGCCUAAACUCAACAUGUGAACAUUCAUCUGGAACAUGCUUGUGUAGAGACAAUUAUGAAGGGGGUCAUUGUGAUUAUUGCGCCAAAGGAAAAUAUGAUAUUGACUCUGAUUGCGUGAAAGGCUGUCCACAAAAUUGUAAGACGUGUACUUCUUACGACAAAUGUACAGAAUGCAAAGACGGUUUCUUUGGCGACGCGUGUGAAUUCAAUUGUUCAAGAGGUUGCUAUUUAAGGAGCUGUAGCCAAAUUGAUGGGACUUGUUAUCAGGAGAAAUGUAACCCAAAUUUUGAUAGUAUCAAUUGUACAUUUUGCUCCCCCGGGUUUCAUGGAUCAUAUUGUCAAUUACCCUGCCCUGACAACUGUGUCGCAUGCUCUGGGAAUACAAGUUGUUAUGAUUGUCAGCAUGGUUACUGGGGAAUUGCCUGCCAACACAAUUGUUCCAUUGGAUGCUACAAAAGCAGUUGCUUUAAAAAGACAGGUGUCUGCAUGUAUGACAAAUGUAGAACAGGUUUUAUUGGAGAAAAGUGUGACGUUUGCGUUUUAGGGAAGCACGGAAUGUACUGCAAUAUGACUAAAACAUUAAAUGGAAAUGGCUCACCUGCAAUGAAACUUACAGGACAUUCUUUAAAAUAUACAGUUGUAAUUAUGGUCAUUACAUUGUUCAGGUUUAUUAUAUAAAUCAUCUCAAAAACAGUGAUCAGGUCAGAUGAAUCUCAAGAAAAAGUAAAGCACAUUCCGGUUCCUUGUUUUGCAUUGGUUUUCAAUCAAUAUAUGUAUUGGCUGUAAGUGUUGUGAUGAUUUCCACCAAGAAAUAAGCAUUUGCUCUCGGUCGUGUUAUAGAUUCCACAAAAAGUGACUGUACUUUUUAAAAUUUCGCAGAAGAGUCGUUCUUAUUACAAACUUAUACAUGUUAAGAUCUGGAUAUCUAUUCUUUCUUGUGUUACAUUGUUGAUGAUAUUUGUUCGUGUAUAUACAUUAUUCUACGGAAUUGUGAGCUCAAAUGUUUAGCUUACCGAUAUUCAAACUUAAAAAUAAUUAUGGCAAAUGUUGUUGUUAUAAAAAUUUGCUCGACUAU